AUGGAAUACGCCCUCCUGCAGCGCCACAACGAUGUAUGGAAGCUCGUCGAUGCAAACUUGCGGUGGUGCACCGACACGAAGACCAGAUACGCGACAGUGGAGCUGGAACUUGCCGCAGUGGAAUGGGCCAUGCGAAAAUGCAAACUUUAUUUGCUGGGGCUCCCAACUUUUACGUUAAUGAUCGACCACCAGGCGCUUGUAACAAUCUUGGACCGUUACACCUUGGACGCGGUUGAAAAUCCGAAAUUGCAACGUCUAAAAGAGAGGCUCACGCCAUUUGUAUUUACAACCGUGUGGAGGAAAGGGCGGGAUCAUGCGAUUCCAGACGCGCUGUCACGCGCUCCGGUGAACGACCCCGGACCAGAGGAUGAAGCGUCCAGUGACGACGUUCAGGCAUUCGCGUGGACCAUGACACUGAGGCGAGUUGCAGCCAUCACCGCUACAAGCUCGGACGAUGACGAUCAAUCAGAUCUGUCGCUCGAAAAUUCGUUUCGACCUACGGACAUGUUGCUCAACAGCCUACGCGAGGUCGCAACAGCCGACGAAACGUAUCUUGAUCUCAUAGCCGCCGUCGAAGCCGGAUUCUCCGCUCGUCGUGAAAUAACCGCUCCAUCCGUGCGACAAUACUGGACGAUCCGGCAGGAAUUAUCCGUGGACAACGGCCUGGUGCUUUUCGGAAAGCGCAUCGUCAUCCCCCAACGCUCCCGCCGCGACAUCCUCGUGAAACUCCACGCCGCCCACCAGGGGAUCGUAAGAAUGAAACGACGUGCCCGUCAAACGAUCUACUGGCCCAGCCUGAACAACGACAUAGUAUCGAUGGUCGAACGCUGCCAGGCCUGCCAAGAACGUCUCCCGUCUCAACAACGAGAGCCCCUCCUCCGUGACGUCCUACCAGAGCGCGUCUUUGAAGAAGUAACGGCGGACCUGUUUGAGUCUGUCCACCUCCAUGUGCUGGUUUUUACCGAUCGCUUAUCUGGAUGGCCGGUGAUCCACCGCUGGCAUCACGCCCCGACCGCACGCGAAUUAAUUCAGGCAGAGCGACGGCGGCCCACAAUUUGCCAGAAACGUCCAGAACGCGCUACGGAAUUGGGCGUGGAAUGGCAGAACUCAUCGCCGUAUUACGCCCAAAGCAACGGCCAUGCCGAAGCCGCGAUGGAUGCCAUGAAACGCUUGGUCGAAAAAAUCGCUCCUGCCAGGGACCUCGACUCCGACGAAUUCCUCCAAGGCCUACUCGAAUUUAGGAACACGCCGCGAGAAAACGGGAUGUCUCCAGCCAAAAUGGUCUUCGGCCGUCAACUUCAAUCCAUCCUUCCCACUCACAAAUCCUCAUUUGAUCCUAGAUGGCGGGAAAUCAUGGAAGCCCGUGACCGGCAGCUGGAACUCGACGGAGCCGUGAAAUGGAUAUACGACGAGCGGGCCCGUUCAUUGUCACCACUUCUCAUCGGAUCACGGGUUCGCGUCCAAAACACGUCGACUCUGUUAUGGGACAAAGGAGGCGUCGUCGUGAGCGUGGGAAAGUACAGUUCAUAUCGGGUCAAGUUCGCCAGCGGGAGUGUGCUAUGGCGGAAUCGGCGACACCUGCGGCCGAUGAUUACCGACAACGAACCUGCCCCGCCACCAGCUAGCACCGAUAACGAGACGAACAACGACGGCCACAUCGGCGACGACCCAGCCCUGGGUCCAGACGCGGCUCGUCAACAAGCAGAUCCACCGGCGCCAAUCAUCCCCCGACGAAGCGGGCGAAUCCGCAAACCAAAUGUUUGA